ACCCAGGGUUGCUGUAAUUCCAGUCAACCUCUCUAUGGAAUUUGGGCCCAGAGAAGCAACAAGUGGUGACAAUGGGAGCAGACAUGGAGCAACAACGCGACAGACCAACAUGGAGCAGGCAGAUAGAGUUCACCCUGGCUGGCAUCGGCUGUGCUGUGGGUCUCGGCAACGUUUGGAGGUUCCCUUAUCUCUGCUACAGGAGUGGAGGAGGUGCCUUCCUGGUGCCAUACCUGCUCAUGCUGUUUGUGUUGGGGAUACCUCUGCUUUACAUGGAGCUGACUGUGGGUCAGUACACGAGGAGAGGGCCUGUCCAUGCUCUGGCUAAUGUCUGCCCUCUGUUAAAAGGAGUGGGCAUAGCAUCAGUGGCCAUCUCCUUCAUCAUGUGCACCUACUACAAUAUCGUCAUCACCUGGGCCCUCUAUUAUCUCUUCAGUUCCUUCCAGGCACCGCUACCAUGGCAGAGCUGCAACAACACCUGGAACACACCAAACUGUACCAGUCAUGCCACCAACAGCAGCUUCUCCUCCACAGCUAGCCAGGAGUUCUUCAAAUAUAAGAUGCUGGAGCAGACUAGUGGAGUAGAAGAAGCAGGAGUGCUCCGAUGGGAGCUUUUACUCAUUCUGCUUCUGGCUUGGAUCCUGAUUUACUUUUGCAUCUUUAAGGGCGUGAAAUCAACAGGCAAGGUUGUGUACUUCACGGCCCUGUUCCCGUAUGUUAUCCUGAUUGCCCUGCUGGUCAAUAAUGCGCAGCUUCCCGGAGCUAUAGAUGGAAUAAAAUUCUUCAUUAUGCCGGAAUGGGACAAGCUGCUCUCAGUGGAGGUGUGGGUGAACGCUGCAGCUCAGAUCUUUAACUCCAUCGGGAUCGGUUUCGGCUCCCUCUUGGCCAUGUCCAGUUACAACUCCUUCAACAACAACAUUCUGAAGGACACCAUGACUAUAGCCGUCAUCAACUCCCUCACCAGCAUCCUGGCAGGUUUUGUCAUUUUCUCUGCUUUUGGAUACAUGUCUUACCUGCAGGGCAUCCCUGUCAGCGAUCUGGCUGUGGAUGGUCCAGGACUUGUUUAUAUUGUUUACCCACAAGCCUUUGCCAACAUGCCAGCGCCUCAGCUCUGGGCUGUGAUGUUCUUCUUCAUGCUGCUUUGCCUCGGACUGGACAGUGAGUUUGCAAUGGUUGAAGUGAUGGUGACCAGUCUCAUGGACGAAUUUUAUUCACAUCUGAUUAGAUUUUUUAAGCGGAAGGAGCUGUUUGUUCUUGCUGUUUGUAGUGCAGCGUUCCUUCUCGGGAUUCCUUGUGUCAUGCAGGUGGGCAUCUAUGUGUUCCAGCUCAUGGACCAUUACACUGCCAUAGUGUCCAUUAUGUUUCUUGCAUUCUUUGAGGUUGUAGCCAUCUGCUGGAGUUACGGAGUGACUCGACUUUCAGACAACCUGAAGGAGAUGACUGGAAAAAGACCAAACAUCUACUUCAGACUGUGUUGGCUGAUAGUUGCUCCUGGGCUGGUUGCUGUUAUCCUGAUUUUCUCCAUCAUUCAGUUCAAACCAGCCCGCUAUGAGCACUACGUCUUCCCUCCCUGGGCUCAGGGGGUCGGCUGGGUCAUUGCCAUGGGCUCCAUCAUCUGGAUUCCUUUGGGUGCUGUUCACACACUGUGGGUGCUGCCUGGCUCAUUGAUGCAGAAACUUAAGCUGUCCAUCACACCAUACACCCUGAAUGAAAUAUCAAAGAUGCCGUACUAUGAGAGGGGAGGAGGAGCUGGACGUCCAGGCAUAGCCGUCAUCAGCUCCAACAUCCAUCUACCUGAAAAACCUCCUACUCAGACAAACAUGUGAUACAUCUGUGCUUCGCACUAUCCCGAUGUCCAAGAGUGGUAGAUUAUUAGUAAGUUUAAGUUAAUCACAAUUUUUUUUUUUUUUUUUUUUUUUUUGCCAUAAAUCUUAAACAACCUUCUGGUAAGUUAAACAGAAGUCGACUGAAAAAAUUAUUUACAUGGUUGUGAAAAUCUGUUGCUGCAUAUCUGCCAUGCAGAUAUAUUAAAAUGGCCAAUUUUUGUGAGCCUAUUGAUUAAAUAUGUUUAGUUUAACUUCUAUAACAGUUUAGCAGAUUUUUAAUGUGAUAAGAUGUGGAAAG